UUUGCGAUGUUUUUGAAAACUUUCGAGACUUAUGUUUGGUUACGUAUGGUUUGGACCCUAAUUACUAUUAUACCGCACCUGGGAUGUCGUUUGACUGCUGUUUGAAGAUUACUGAAGUAGAAUUAGAACUUUUGUCCGACUAUGAUCAACUAUUAAUGACGGAAGCAGCAAUUAGAGGAGGACUUACACAAGCAAGUAUGCGAUAUGCUCAGGCGAACAACAACAAGGUUCCCGAUUAUGACUCCUCAAAGCCAGAGUCGUGGAUUGCAUACCUAGACGCAACAAAUCUCUACGGUUGGGCUAUGUGUAAAUAUAUGCCAAAGGACGGAUUUAAAUGGUAUGAGGGCAAUCUAGAUGUUGAAAAUAUUUUAAAAUUGUUGGAAAGUUCAAACGAAAAAUCAAAAAUCGGAUUCUCGUUAGAAGUUGAUGUAUUAUAUCCUCAAUCCUUGCAUGACGAGCAUAACGAGUUACCGUAUCUUCCAGAAAGGAUGGUCCCCCCUGGAUCAAAGAUAAAAAAACUCAUUGCCAAUUUACAACAUAAAAAAAAAUAUGUUGUUCAUUAUAUGGCAUUGAAACAAGCUCUGAAAGCAGGAUUAAUAUUAGAAAAGGUGCAUCGAGUUUUACAAUUUAAUCAAUCACCAUGGCUUCAAAAAUAUAUUGAGUUGAAUACUAAAAUGAGAAAGAACGCAUUAAACGAUUUUGAGAGAGACUUUUUUAAAUUAAUGAACAAUGCAGUAUUUGGGAAGACUAUGGAAAAUGUAAGAAGUAGAUUAAAAAUGAAACUCGUUUCUGACGAAAAAACGUGUUCAAAGUUAAUUAACCGAAAUACGUUUAAGGACAUUACAAUUUAUAACGAAAACCUAGCUUUAAUACAUUUGGAUGUAGAUGAAUUGAAAUUCGAUAAACCAAUAUACGUAGGGUUUGCGAUUUUGGACAUAUCAAAGACAUUAAUUUAUGAUUUCCAUUAUAACUCUAUGGUUAAAAGUUAUGGUUCAAAUAUUCAACUGAUGUAUACGGAUACAGAUUCAUUGAUAUAUUAUAUAAAGACAUCUGAUUUCUACGCUGAUUUGUUGAAUAACCCCGAUCUUUUACAACGUAUGGAUACUUCAAACUUACCGAUCAAUCAUCCAUGCUAUUGUGUUGACAGGAAGAAAUUACCUGGGACUUUUACUGAUGAAACGGAAGGACAAGCUAUAACAGAGUUUGUUGCCCUACGAGCUAAAUCAUAUGCUUAUAAUCUAUCGGGUGUGGAAAAAAUCAAAGCGAAAGGUGUCAAAGGUCAUGUCGUUAAAAAUCAUAUGAGUUUAGCAGAUCAUAAACAAUGUUUAUUAUGGGACGGCACAACGGUUGAUAGUGAUACUGGUAGAGGCAUAGCUAUAAAACAAUUCGAGUUGUUUAAAUCUACAGGGCACACAUCUUCAACAAAACAGUAUACACCGUAUCGAGUAAAUAUAUCACUGAGAUAUUUUAAACAUCAGAUGAAAUCAAUUUCAACAGUUAAAUUAGCUUCAAACCGAUCCGACGAUAAGAGGAUAGUACUUGAAAAUCAAAUUAAUACCUUGGCUCUUGGACAUUACAAUUUAGAGUGAGAUAAAUAUAAUCAUUCUUUAUAUAAUAAUCUAAUUAUAUAUCUAUGUUGCAGACAAGAAGAGGAGUACAACCCACAAACAAGAAGUCUUCAUUAUAAUUUUUUAUUUGUAUAAUUAAAACUGUA